GUUAGCUGAUCCUCCGUGCUUCCCUUAGCAAUGUGUGUGCUGCAGGAAUGAGGCUGAGCGAGAGGCAGGCAAAAGAGGAGAGAUGCAGACAAAGAAUCAUUUGCUCCCUGCUCGAUGGAGCCCUUCAAGAAAGAAAAGCUAGAAAACUGAACUGAGAUCUUCUUGGUAUUACCCAUAUGGACACAUGAAGCUGCUGUAAUCUCAGCGCUGUCAGCUCUGAUGGCAGUGACCUUUCUCAGCUGUGGAACUGAUUAAGACUUCCUCAGGAUGGAAAAGGAAAUGGAGGUCAUUAAAAUGGAGAAUGGAUCCCUGCUCCAGUUUUAUAUGGACAGAAAGACUCCUGUCAAGGUCCCCAAAAUGGAAAUGCUCCAGAGCCUCCUGAGAAAAAACUGUUCCUGCACAGCAAGAAGCACCAAAAAGGCAGUUAUGGACUUCUUCCCAGUGUUGCAGUGGCUUCCCAAAUACAAGUGCAAGGAAUACAUUUGGGGGGACAUCAUGUCUGGCUUGGUCAUUGGGAUCAUUUUAGUACCUCAAGCAAUUGCCUACUCUCUACUAGCAGGUCUGAAGCCAAUUUAUAGUCUUUACACAUCUUUCUUUGCCAACAUCAUCUACUUUCUCAUGGGUACCUCUCGGCACGUGUCAGUUGGCAUUUUCAGCCUGUUAAGUUUAAUGGUUGGCCAGGUUGUGGAUAGAGAACUACUCUUGGCGGGGUUUGACCUCAGUGACGAUCCUCAGGAAGCCAUAGAUGGCAGUGACCAUUUGAAUGCUACAGUUUACAAUGUCACCCUUGGCCUGAUGAGCACUGAAUGUGGGAAAGACUGCUACGCUAUUGGGGUGGCUACAGCACUGACCUUCUUGGCUGGAGUUUAUCAGGUCCUCAUGGGAUUUUUUCGCCUAGGCUUUGUGUCAAUGUAUCUUUCUGAGCCUGUGCUGGACGGCUUUGCAACUGGUGCUUCGUUAACCAUUUUAACCGCUCAAGUUAAGUAUCUCAUUGGAAUAAAAGUCCCUCGCGCCCAGGGAUAUGGGAUCUUAAUAACAACCUGGGUCAACAUUUUUUGCAACAUCGCUCAGGCAAAUCUCUGUGACGUGAUCACAAGCGCUAUCUGCAUCUUUGUGCUGGUCGCAGCCAAGGAACUGGGAGACAGAUACAAGCACAAGCUCAAGGUCCCACUCCCCACAGAGCUGGUGGUGAUUGUGGUGGCGACAUUGAUUUCCCAUUAUGGGCGGCUGAACGAAGUGUAUGCCUCCAGUGUGUCGGGUGCAAUUCCCACAGGAUUCAUUCCUCCCCAGGUGCCUAGCUUCAGCCUCAUGCAAAGAGUUGCCGUCGAUGCUCUGCCUCUUGCCAUAGUUGGCUUCGCCUUCACAGUUUCGCUCUCUGAAAUGUUUGCUAAGAAGUAUGCCUACACGGUCAGAGCCAACCAGGAAAUGUUCGCCAUUGGCUUCUGCAACAUCAUCCCGGCUUUCUUCUACUGCUUUGCCACCAGCGCAGCUUUGGCAAAAAGCCUGGUCAAAGUGUCGACGGGAUGCCAGACCCAGUUGUCCAGCGUGGUUAGCGCUGUGGUUGUCCUGCUGGUGCUGCUUUUCUUUGCUCCCCUCUUUUUCAGCUUGCAGAAGUGUGUUUUGGCAUGCAUCAUCAUUGUCAGCCUCCGAGGAGCCCUUCGGAAAUUCAAAGAUGUGCCCCAGCGCUACCGCCUAGACAAAAUGGAUGCGCUGGUGUGGUGUGUCACCAUGCUCUCCUCUGCCUUGAUCAGCACCGAAAUGGGGCUUCUGGUUGGGGUCAUUUUCUCCAUCCUAUGCAUCGUUGGCCGCACCCAGCGCCCUCACGCUGCCUUGCUCGGCCAAAUUGGGAACACUGUCUUCUAUGAAGAUGAUGAGAAAUAUAAAAACCUCCUGCCUGUCCCAAAGGUCAAAAUAUUCCGCUUUGAAGCGCCACUUUAUUAUGCAAAUAAGGGCUUUUUCCUGAAGUGUCUCCACAACAGGACAGGGCUGGACCCUGCUGUGGAAAUUGUAAAGAGGAAAAAGGUCAAGAGGAAAGGUCAACCAAGUCUUGACCAGGCAGAAACAACUUCAUGCCUGGUACACAAGCGCCGUGACUUCCAGGCCAUUAUCAUAGACUGCUCUUCCAUUCCAUUUUUGGACACUGCUGGCGUGAGCACAUUAAAAGAGACAUUCAAAGACCACCAGGAACUCAAUAUCACAGUCCUUCUGGCUUGCUGCAGUCCCUCUGUGAUCGCUUCUCUGGAAAGGGGGAGCUACAUGAGGAGUGCCAACAAAGACAUGCAUGAAUUGCUGUUUCACAGCAUACACAGUGCCGUCCAGUUUCUAAGAGAGAGGGAGAUUGCAGCGGAUGACUCUGUUGUAUAGCCCAAGGCACUGUUCCCUCUAAGGCGUGCGCUUGUGUGCGAGCUCACACAUUUUUUGAUGUCUGCUCAAUUAAUUUUAGAUCCUGCUCAGGUUGAAUCAGGAAGGGUUCCACUCUGAAUGCACGUAUGCACACACUGCCUUGAUACUGCCGCCCAGAAGAAAACUCAUUCCGCACACAGAUGAAAAAAAAUUAGAGAGAACACUAGCCAAGGCCCUCCUUUGCCCCUCUAGAAACUGGCAGCUGGGGGGAUUCUGCAUUCACUGCAUAGAAGGUUGUGGCCUUCGACUUGUCCAGAACCCUUCCUGAACCCCAACCUGCAACACAGGACCCACUUUCAAAGAGUUAUCUUUGAUGGAUAUUUAGUAGUGCAAAUACAAUGCAAGGUAUAUUAAUCUUAAAAUCCAGGACAGGUAUAUUUACACACUAUCUACUCGGUAACCUACAUAAUGUCAAGGUGCUCUUACUAUGGAAUCAAAAGUAGGAAGUUGUUGUUUCCCAACAGACACUCACUUGCUCAUUUUAAUGGGACACGGGGGCCCUUUUUGUUGUCUCCUUCAAGAUGCCAUUCAGCCGACAAAUUUUUUGAGGAGAGCUCACUUCCAAUUCUUUUUCGUGCUUUUGUUUUGAGGACCAUCACUGGAAGAGCCUUACUCAAGGGGACAAGUUGUACCAAAUAGCAACAGAUAGAUGAUUGAUGCCUGUUAACGCUGGAUAUUGUUUGCUCACUGAGCUGCAGAACUGUGGCAAAGUCUUCUGUUGAAAUGGAAACUUCAAACUUGAGUCAUUUUAAGCAGAGUCUGACCAGGAGACUUAGAUAUCCAGAUACCCAUCUGCAUAGUGCCCACCCCUUCUUUGGUGCAUACACACACACAAGAUCAGUGAAGCUGGAUUAAUCACCUCUUAAACACACUUGGUUUUACGGAUCCAAAAUUACUCAAGUGGAUGGAUUAAAGAGUAGUAACAUAGUGCCCUUCCUUGUUCAUGCACAUCUCUGGGUACAGUGGGGAUUAUAUUCUGUAAAGUAAUUUAUUUUUUACAUUUUUACAUUUUAUAUCCCGCUGUUCCUCCAAGGAGCCCAGAGCAGUGUACUACAUACUUAAGUUUCUCCUCACAACAACCCUGUGGAGUAGGUUAGGCUGAGAGAGAAGUGACUGGCCCAGAGUCACCCAGCUAGUUUCAUGGAUAAAUUGGGAUUUGAACUCGGGUCUCCCCGGUUCUAGUCCAGCACUCUAGACACUACAAGUAAUGAAACAUAGAGGGGUCGUUACAAACAUAUCUGUUUGGUCCCAUCGUAUCUGGAGCUCCCAAGAAACUGGAAUAUAAUUAAAUAAUAUUAAUUAAUUAAUUAAUAAAAAUAAGUAGUUUGUGAAGGAUUUAGAUUUAAUUUCAGAGAAGCUAAUCUCAGGGAAAUAAUUUUUAAAAGUCAAAAUAGGAAAAGCAGCAGCAUAAAAGGAACUUUUUAAAAAAGGAAAUGGAUAUCCCACAGGGUAACUGAUGUUUAUGUUAGGGGAGGAGCAGUAUAGGGUAUGAUCAGGGCUUAAUUUAUGUCAGGGUAUCUCAGAAUUUGAAUUCAACACCCGGAAUGAGCCCUGGAAUAAGUGCAGUAAUAAUAAAUAGAAGUGCCUCUGGGGAUGUGCAACAUGCCUUCCUCUCAUUGCCUCCUCCCACCCUUGUGCCAACUAUCCUCCUUUUUGAUGGCCCUGAUCUUUCUCUCUAUUUCAUAGGAACAUAGGAAGCUGCCAUAUACUGAGUCAGACCACUGGUCUAUCUAGCUCAGUAUUGUCUUCACAGCUUGGUAGCGGCUUCUCCAAGGUUGCAAGCAGGAAUCUUUCUCAGCCCUAUCUUGGGGAUACUGCCAGGGAGGGAACUUGGAACCUUUUGCUCUUCCCAGAGUGGCUCUGUCCCCUUAGGGGAAUAUCUCUCAGUGCUCACACUUCUAGUCUCCCAUUCAUAGGCAACCAGGGUGGACCCUGCUUAGCUAAGGGGACAGGUCAUGCUUGCUACCACAAGACCAGCUCUCCUCUCAUUUCCCUGCAGCAUUCAGUCCCAGCAUUCAGACCCAGCCCUUCUGAACCUUCCGAGAUGGCCUUUUCUCCAUUGCACUACAGAAGGGGCUGCUCAGCUCACUCCAUAAGCAUGUGUGCAUUUCCACAGUGUAGACACAUGUAACAUGCUUCAACGAACAAUAGAUUAUCAGGGAAGUGCAUGCCCUUCCCAGCAGCCCUUCCCAGCAGCAGUACUGCACCCUACGGAAACGGUGCAUUCAUUUUUUCUUCUUUAGACAACACCCCCCUCCAAGCCCCCCACCUCCUUCACUAACAUUUCUUGGCACCCUAUCCCUGCUUCUUCUUCCUGUCUCACCAUCAACCCCUCGCAACGACAAGUUACUCAUUCAGUUACAUGCACAUGCACACAUGACUCCGUCCAGUCCCUUUAUUUCCCAUCAUGACUGUGAACUCAAUUGCAGACGGAAGAAACCUUUCUAGUAAAGCAGUGAGGCUACAACACAGGCACCAAUGGAUUUUCACGCAUUGAUUGUGCUGGCUGCAGCAGGCUAUAUGCAAAUGCAGCAAACAAACCAGCACCUCCCCUGAGAGAGAUUGUUGAUGAGUAUGUACACUCAUUGUAUGUACAGUCAUUCACACGUUAUGUUGAGUGCAGGUACAGAAGCACACUUCCUAUCUGCACCAUGCAUCAGAAGGGCCUGUAUCCAGGUUCACUUUUAAAAUGAACCCAGCCAGUUAUUCAUACAAACACAUGUACGCGUGUACAGACAUCUGUACACUCAUACAGCAUAAUGUCUGGAUUGGGCUCUGGACGUGAUGGAAAUCCUUAUGCUGCUCCUUCCCAAUGCUCCAGUGGCUCAGAGAAGCUGCCAUUUAACAUAACCUUCUUGAGAAAAAUGAAAUGGCAGUGGUAGCAAUUCUGUGACCACUCACUGAACUGGGAUCAUUACCCACCAGAUGAAGAUCUCUAGCUUGGAACAUACACUAGCCUCUUCAAAUGAGGUCCAAAAAGGAUGGAAAGCAGGGCAGAAGCAGCUGGCCUCCCAAUUUUAUUUCUAACUAUUGGCUCAGGGGAUCAAGCAGGGAGUUAGCUUGUGUCACGUGUCAUUUUUAAAUUACCUUUUAAAAAAUACACAUGCAGAUCCUGCUAAACAAUCUUUAGGACCCCACCAAGGCACUUGCCAGCUUGUGAAUGGCAAGCAUAUCUUUUAUUAAGAACUUAAGAAGAGCUUGCUGGAUCAGACCCAAGGCCUAUCUAGUCCAGGAUCCUGUUUCACACAAUGGCCCACCAGAUGCCUCUGAGAAGCCCACAGGCAAGAGCUCGGGGCAUACACUCUCUCUUCUGCUGUUGCUCCCCUGCAUCUGGUAUUCAGAGGCAUCUUACCUCUGAGGCCGGAGAUGGCCUACAGUCACCAGACUAGUAGCCAUUGAUAGACCUAUAAGAAGGUAGCAACCACUUACUGGCAAAUGCCUUUGAGCCCCUGUUGUUUUCUCACUUUGGGUUGGGGCAGAUCUCUGACCUUGCAGGGGGCUUCAGAGGAACUCAAAACUACUGAACCAUCUCAGUGUUUAACUUUUUUCAAAACUCAAUGUGAAGUCCGACACAAGCCCCAGCUCAUCUUCUGAGCUCGGAAUGUGGGAGAAGAAUGAGGGCUACCGAGGCCAGCCAACAUUUUAUGGACUGCUGUCAACCUGUACAUGCUUUCAGUUAUGCCUGCCUUGUACAAAUCAUUGGAAAGCCUUCUAGUUGGUUUAGCAGUGCCUGUCUGGGCCAGGCCAGUGCUGUGGGGCAGCUACACCUGAAUUCAGAGCUGGGCUGUGUGUUCUCCAAACCUGAGGUCAGUUGUUGGAUCUGGGGGCUUCAGGUGAAGCUUAAAUGCAGCCAGCAGAAAAGUACUGCUCUGUGGACUAGGCCAGUGUAGAGGCCAGCCUUUUUUGCAUUUUUUAUUUUUUAAUGUAAACAGCUUUGAGAAUUUUGUUGAAGAGCAGUAUCUAAAUAUCAGUAGUAGUAGUAGAAGUGCUGAAAUCCUCACUAAUGCUGCACUUGCAUUCAGGUGGGGCAGGCCUGUCCUUAGAGGGUGGGGGUUAUAAGAGCAGGGGCCGGGGCAGUUGCCCUGCUUGCCCUGCCCUAAGGACACCCUUGGUGGGGGGAGGUGGUUUUCACCCUUCUCCCAACAAGCACUCUAUGUCAGUCACUAAUAUGUCCCUGAGAGCUGCACAGUCAACUCUCGCGUGCACAUUUCUUUUGCCGCACAGGCACAGCGCUAGUCGGUAGACACUGACUACACUUGUAGUCAGUACAGUAGACACUGUACACUCGUCGUAUGACUGUUGAUCAUGUUGAAUGGGCCAUGUUGAAUGCCUGAAUGGGCCUCAGGUGGACAUACUCAUUGACAAUCUCUCUCAGAGUAGGUGCUGGUUUGUUUGCUGCAGUCAGCACAGUCAAUGCAGGAAAAUCCAUUGGUCCCUGUAUUGUAGGCCAGAUGUUUUUACCAGUUCUGACCAAUCACAGGAACUGAUGUGGCACAUUGUUGUUCAUUCCUGUGCCUGGCAAGGGCUCUGAAGCUUGCGAACACACACUCCCAGUUAGUUCACUAGACUAAGCCCCAGCCUCAGUGCCUUCCCACAGAUACAUACUUUAAGGCAGGGUUUCUCAAUGUGUGGGUCCCCAGAUGUUAUUGGACUUCAACUCCCAUAAUCCCCAGCCCCAGUGGCCUUUGGUUGGGAAUUAUGGGAGUUGAAGUCCAAUUACAUCUGGGGACCCACACGUUGAGAAACCCUGCUUUAAGGCAUGUAGUCAAUAUUCAAAAGGAGCACUGGAUGAGUACAUUUACAAGUGCCUUUUCCCCCAUGACUGCAGCAGAAUACAGUUCCUGAGCUUGCUUGCAAGGCUAGCAGACUUCUCUUUAAAAUAUGAAAUUGUGUUUAAAGAUAUCAGCAGACUGCCUGUAGCACACGUUCAUAACCCUAUCAUAGAGAAAUGCUUUUCAUCUGCAGCUGAAAUGAAUUUGGGCGGAGGGGGAGGCACAUGCAUGUUCUCUAUGCUCAAAGUUUCUUGCAGAAAUUCAGAUUUGUAUCCACUGAAUUUGAAGGUGUCCCCGACCCUCACCAGUUUCCCAGAGGCUGAUGGAUUUAUUGAUUUUGAAACAAACACUGAAUGUGAUCAUACUUAACAUAAUUGCCUUAAAGUUUAUUGAGAUUUAAGUUUACAUAUAACUCCCUCAAUUUCAAGUUUCAAAAACAAAAUCUGAAAAGAUUCACGUUUCAAAAAAAUGGGUAUUUGAAUUAUAAAUAUGGACAAAUCUCAAACUUGUUUUUUGUUGUGGGUCUUGUUCCAUCAGUUGCCGACACACAAAUCAAAUCUGUGCUUGGCCCCUCGUGGUCAAAUGACAGCUCCUGCCUGGUCAUGUCUGACUUCACAGACACAACUAAACAAACAUAUAAUUUUAGUUGAGCGGGCUCCAGAGUCACAUGGUGUGAGACACAUACACCUGAAUUCACACCUUUAGGGACAUUGCUUUGUGGCAUAAUUGCAUAGCCCCUGCCGACCCAAUCUUUGUGCGUCAGGUAUGCUUUGCCUCCAUUAACACUUAUGCUCAAUUCGCUAUUGCUGUGGCAAGAGAACCCUUCUUAGCACUAAUGUCCGAAUGAGACUUGUGCCUGCAUAUUUCCCCCUCUGUGGCUGAUCGCAGCCACAGAGUUGUGUCUGCAAUUAUCACAUAGUCCCCUCCCUGUGGAUUGUCCUCCCUCGGCUGCUGUUUGAAAAAGAAAAAGAAGCAGCAAGUCUAUCUUGGCCCAGAGCCAACUGAAUCCUUCAGAAAAGCGAGGACUAUACAACUUCAGGAUGAAAGAGCAGGACUGCACAAUAACAAUGACCCUGCUCCCUGUAUGUGGAAAUUUAGCGUUUCUGAAAAAAGGAUUCUAGCUUAGCUUUCUCCUUGAUAGUUGCUGUGUGAGGAGGGGUGUGAGUGUGUGUGUACAUGGAGAAGCACCAAACAUCCAAAUAACUCCCUCAACCACAGCAGCAAUCUGAAAUGGUACAGUCUCUGCCACAUGCUAUUUCUGGCAAAUUUGAAUCAGCUCACAGAAUGCUAGUGUGUGAUGUAUUUCAUGCAGCUUGUGUUCUACCUCUAUUCAUUCCAAGGUGAGUAGAGCAUUCUACUACCAGGGUGCCUUCGGGAUCCAUAAUCAACAGUACUGAAUUAAGCUGAUAACCAGGCAUCUACAAAUGUCUCCAGUCCUCUGGUGAGUAGGACAUCCAGAAAAACACCUAUCUUUUCACCAGAGGUCUCAUUUCUACUACCAGCAGGAAUGCUUUCUAAGCAGUAGGAGAGGGUUCCCAGUUUCUUACCAUCUCCAUAUCCCAGUGCAAGCGACAGAGACCCACUGCUCUCCUAAGCCCUCUGCUUGCAUGCCAUAAAAAAAAGUAUGGGUGGGGAGGGGAUUGGUUGUGACCACAAGUAAUGGCCCGCUAGUGAGCUAAUCCUAAAUUUGUGGGUCCCUGCUGAUAACAGCUUAGUGGCUAAGUAUUUUCGCGACAUAAAAUUGGGGUGAGUUCUCAUUAUACUAUUAGUUAAAAAUGGCAAGAUGUAAUAUUUAAAAGGGGUUUGAUUUUCCUCAAUGCACGCUGAAGAAUCGGCCACUUAUAUUUAUGCAAGUCCAUCGGUUUAUUAUGUGGAGUUAUUCUUUUUCUAAAUUAGCAGCUGCUCUGUAGUAUUAUUAAUACUGUAUUUGUUCUUGUUAAAUUAUCUUUUAAUGUGUUCAUUGUGUUCGGUGGGAUAUCAUUAUGAAAAACAAACAGAUAAAACGAUGGAUGUCUCACAACAACAAAUAAUUUUAAUGAUUCCCAACUAUCAUUCUGGCCAAAUGCACAUUGCUACUAAUGCUCCACCCAGACACAGAACCCUUUCUCAUGAUCGAGUGAGAGGGCUGGAAGGCGGGCAGUGGGGAAGGCAGCAGAAGCUUAGCUGCCCUAGAUUGAUCCUGGCUGUUUGUGAGAACAGCCUCACUGUAUUUAAAACCACAGUCCUGCAUUGUCCAAGCCAUUGGUUAAGGGCUGGCCGCAAACCUAGACAUAAAACCAUGGUUUGUUGGAUUUGCAAGAUGCCUUGUUUUUACCAUGAUUAAGCAUUACUUCUGCAUCAAGCAAACAAUGGUCAAGGCAGUUUACCUGCCUCUUGGCUUCAAAGUGACAGGCAGGUCUGAGAUGUAUACAUACCCUCCUACUAACUUGGCAAACUAAAUAAUGGCUUCUGAUAAUCAGGGACAGUGUUCCCUGUAACAGGGAUUCCCAGAUGCUGUGGAAAACCUCGGUGGCGCAGCCCCUGGUGGCGCAGUGGUAAAACUGCCGCCCUGUAACCAGAAGGUUACAAGUUCAAUCCUGACCAGGGGCUCAAGGUUGACUCAGCCUUCCAUCCUUCCGAGGUCGGUAAAAUGAGUACCCAGAAUGUUGGGGGGCAAUAUGCUAAAUCAUUGUAAACCGCUUAGA